AUGCUGUUGGUCAUUGCGAUUGCCAUGCAGACCGACAAGUCAGAGCGACUACGAGGGCGUCUGAUACUGCAAGAAGCGGAGAGCUGUAUUCAUACAUCGACGCAGUUCCAAAAACCCUGUAUAGGGGUCGUGCAGGCUUUGUUAUUGCUGAUCAUCAUGAAGACCAUCACUGCCUCUGACACUGACAGUAUUUACAACCUCAUGGGUGUAAUGGGGCUUACUACGCAAAUAGCUCUGAGCAUGGGCUUGCAUAGGGAUCCAGCAUUGUUCCCCGGCGUCACUCCUUACUUUGCCGAAGUUCGGAAACGAUUGUGGGCAUGUUUCUUUCGACUAAACCUUGAAUAUUGCAUCCGGAGUGGAUCUCAGUUUGGUGUUCGACUUGAGGAUGUGGACUGUCCUCUGACGAGCCAAGUCGACCUUCUGACCCUUGACCCCGGAACCACGGUGGAGGCCCAAUCGAAAAACUUCAACAAGCCUUGGGUUCCGUCUCAUAUUUCCCAGCGGGGCGAUCUCUAUGAAGCAUGGGACAAUUCGGUGUCCAUCCUGUAUCAGUCGCAGGAAGUGUUACAUAGCAAUUCUGAGCCGUCUAAUGUGGCUUACCCUCUCCUUUGGACUGACAUUGCCCGCGCAGCAUUAACUGCUUGUUUGGUAGUUGGUCGCCUGCGAAGCAUUAACCUGGGGACAACCGUCUCUAAUGGCCCGCCGCCCACGCUGGUCAUGUUCCAACAGCUUUUGCUGAAGUCUUUAGAGUCUCUAUCUCAGACUAUAGCAGGAAGAUACCGCCUUGGUCCUGUCGCAGCAAAGACGAGACUUGUUCUUGCUGUCGCAACAACUGUCACCUCAAACCUGAUCAGCGAGUUUGGCGACUCUCAACAGGAUUCCAAAUUCCUCCAGGUCGGCAUUAAAGCAGCCGAGGAGGUUGUUACCGAGAUGGGGCGUUCUUUGAAACGGGAACAGCAAGACUCAGCUUUCGACUUGCUGGGAUUUGAUACCGCAAAGACGCCGGCUCCAAUAAGUGCCUCCACUUUUCUUGCGGCGAACUGGAUGGAUCAUGAACAACUUCCAGAUCCCUUGAUGCAGACGUUGUUUCCAAGUGAACGCGAAUUUUAUCCAGGCUCAGGAUCUCUAAGUCAGAGCAUGCAGUCUGAUCUGUGUUUACAAUAUCCUGUGGCGCCAUUCGAAUCAACCGCGACGAUUCGAUCAUCGCCUAACAUCUUGUGGGAAGACUUAUAA